CCAUGUCCCAUGAUGCAUCGCGGCACCUUUCUCUCUCCAGCUGUGUGUGUAGCUUCGGUUUGGGCGACAAGACCCGACACAAAUGUCCCCGUUUUUACCGGGAGUUUCACUGUGAACGGGUCCGAGCAGCGGCGCCCGGUGGACCGGUAACCCCGAUGCCGCUCACGGCGCGGAACUCUGCCCGGAGGAGGAGGAGGAAAACCCCGGAUGAGAAGCUCCCGGUGCGACCCGGGGAGUCGACUUCUUCUUCUGCUGCUCGGGUGAUGGAGCCCACCAGGAUGAAGCUGCGAGUGCGUCGCCGUGACAAUGCGUCCGCAGACGCCACGCCGGCAGCAAACCAGCCGGAGGAAGAGGAGCGUAGCCGAGAGUCCGGCAGGCGCGGCAGCAGGAGGAAAACAGGCGGAGCCACGUCGACCGCGGCUAACGCCUCCUCCUGGUCACCUCCUCCGCCCACCUCCUCCACGGCCUCCGCGCGGGCCGCCAUGGCGGUCGCAGAGGAGGCGUCGCCCGACUCCAAGUGCCCGAUCUGCCUAGACCGCUUCAAUAACCUAGCGUACCUGGACCGCUGCCUGCACCGCUUCUGCUUCCCGUGCAUCCAGGAGUGGUCCCACAACAAGGCCGAGUGCCCCCUGUGCAAGCAGCCCUUCGCCUCCAUCCUGCACUCGGUGCGCGCCGAGGACGACUUCAAGGAGUACACACUGCGCCCGGCGCCCGCCAACAGCAGCGUGGCCGCCACCGUCGCCAUGGUGGCCGCCAUGGCCUCGGCGGCUAGGAGCGACCACCAGAUGAGGCUGACGCUGAGGAGGCACCAGGGCGCCGAUGGCGAGGAGGCAGCCACGACGACGGCAGCGGCGAGGAGGCGUCAGAGGGGGAGGAGGUCGGGGGUGUGGGAGUGGUACCUGGACACCCCCCCGCUCGCGUUGCUGCCUCUGGCUCGCCACUCCAAUGCAUCUCCCUUUGUGGCGGAGGACAGCGGGGAGGGGGAGGAGCUUGGGGAGCAGAGGGCGAGCGGUGGGUCCGAGCUGGCGGAGCGUGGCGUGAUAUUUGAGGGGCUGACGGGACUCAGUGGUGCGGAAGCACCCGUGGCACCCAACGACCGGGCAGCGCGACGGCUGAUGACCCGCCUGAUGGCGAGGCGGCGGUUGCAGCGGGAGGGCGGGGCCGUGCGCCAGCUGAGGGAGAGAGAGACGGGUGGCGUUCCGCCGCGCGUUCUACCGCAAUGGCAUACGGGUCCGCGGCGUCGCUGGGGCUGAAGGCAACCAGGGAAAACCGUGCGAAAUCACGGCGGAGAGCUUCCGCCGUAACCCCACACACCUUAAA